AUGAGUAAAACCGUGAGCUACGGAAGUCCGCGCCAUGCAGCCGAUGUUGGAUUACGUCAGUCAGCUACGCAGCAAUCCAGAUGGUUUUCGGGGCUGCGUGCACGGAUUUCUCAGAUCAACAUGCCCGAAUGGCUCAGUCAGCUUGGAAUUGGCAGUUCCAGCUCUGCCCAGAAGAUGCCUAAUGACGACGCUGGUGUAUACGGAGAAGUGGCUAAUGAGCGUGGCCUUGACUGCAUCCCAGAAGAGACACAGCCCACAUCUCAUCCAGCAGUGCAGACUGAUGGGAUGGACACUUUAAACAGCUGGUUAUGGGGAGAAGUUGACUGCGAAGAUACUCUUGCAUUACAACAUUUUGGUCCUCUGAAGAAUCUGGUCACUGGUUGUAAUCAUCCUGGAAAAGGGCACGAUUUUUUGUCACUGGUGACACUGGAUUGCCGAACGGCCGAUAGUACGCUGAGCUCAUGUCACGAAAUGUCAACAACUUCUGUAUCACCGAGCCUUAAAGUGUUUGCAGAGAGCGAUGAUGUACCAGAGAAGGGGCCGAUCGAUGAGACUUGCGGCUUUGUAAAAAUCCACAUGAAUUUCAUGCGACCUAUAAAUGUGGUAGCAGGCGAAUCACUUUCAUUUCUUGACGUCACCAGUGAAUCCAGUAAACACUUCUUAUCACGCAAAAAUUCUUCUGUUUUCCUCGAUAUCUGUAAUCUGUUACCAAGCAUCUACCCAUAA